AUGAAUUCGACGAUAAUGGAAUUGGAAGUUGACGAUGAGAAUUCGAUUUAUGCUAUAUUUAAAUUAAUCGAACGUUCAUCCGUGAUCACAUGGCUGCGACAGAAUUUCCCCUACCUGCUACCGUUGCUAUGUGUGGUUGGAAUUGUUGGGAAUUCGAUGGCACUACUUUUGAUAAGGACAAACUUCUGGCUUCGACGACUCACAUCAAAUGUGUAUUUGUGCACGUUGUCGGUUUCAAGCUGUGUAUUCCUAUUUACGCUUAUUGUAUCAUGGGUCGAUUCUAUGUAUCGACUACAUAUUUAUAUGGAUUCGGAGAUUGGCUGCAAACUGUUCACGUUUCUUGCUCACCUCUCCGAUUUUAUCUGUGUAUGGAUGAUUUCGUGGAUAUCAUGCGAUAGAAUGGUUGUGCUCUAUCGACCUGCUUUCCGAAAAUGGGUUUGUACGAAACGUUUUGCACGUAACUGGAUGAUAUGCACAUUGGUGACGUCAAUUUUGUUCUAUAGUUGGGUGUUUAUGUUUGCCGGUCUGGAAGAGUACAAAUAUGGUCUAUUCUGUGGAUUAAGCAGUAAAGCACAAGUGUUUGGUUAUCCUGUGGCUGAUCACUAUUUCCUGUUCACACUACUGGAUACAGCUAUUUGUACACUUUUACCCGCUAUUCUCAUCAUGUUCGUCAAUUCCCUAUCCAUUUAUCGUUACCGACAAUGUAUGCGUAUCUACUCUUCCGGUGUGCUACGAGUUCGAUUCGAUCGUUCAUCAAACGAGAAUCCAAUACCAUACGAAGAAACCACAGCGAAAAAAUUACUGCUUAGCCAGACUCAUACUAAUACGCAUAUGUCAACGCAGUCAAAUCGGUCCUCAUGUGGUAAACUCCGUUCAUCGGAUCUUCAACUAAGUCGAACAUUGCUUAUUGUUACAAGUACGUUCGUUCUCCUCAACGUGCCCAGCUACAUGAUGAGAAUCAUACAGUACAUCUUCGAACCACGAACACAUAUUUUUCAUUUUCUACACUAUAUUUCCUACCUAAUCUACUAUCUUCACCAUGCUGUUCUAUUCUAUAUGUACAUAUUUUGGAGCCCACAAAUGAAGAAACAAUUGAAGCCGACAGCUAUACGUCUUCUUGAAUGUUACUGCUUUAAGACAGUACCAGAAUUCGGUCAUCGUUCUACAUCUCUUCAAGCUUUCAACUAG